AUGACUUCCAAUGCACCCAACGAGCCGCCCGCAGCGCCGGCAGAGGCACGCGUGUUUGGCAUCAUUAUCCAGCAGAAACAUAUGACAGCUGCAUUCAAUUUCGCAAGGAUCUUCACGUACGCGACAACAUGGGACAAGUUCGUGUUGCUGCUGUCAAUGGGGGCAGCCGCAUUGUCGGGAUUGUCAAUGCCAUUACUGUUCCUUCUUUUCGGUAAACUGACGGAGGAGUUUACCGGUUUCUUCCGCCAGGGCGCCGACGAGACUGAAGCAGUCUUCACAAGCACCGUCAACAAAUAUGUUCUAUACAUAGUCUACAUCUUUGUUGCUAAGGUGUGCCUCUUGUACAUCGCGAAUCUUGGUUUCCGGACAACGAGUUUACGGAUAUCGUCAGCUAUCAGACUAGCUUACCUCAAAGCUCUUUUUCACCUGCCCAUCUCGACGCUGGAUAUGAUCCCUCCGGGGCAAACGGCUGCCAUAGUCACUAUGACAGCCAACUCUCUGCAGGCAGGCAUCUCCGAGAGGAUGGGCCAUCUUUGCUCCAGCCUGUCAGUCGCUGUUACUGGAGUGAUCCUGUCACUUGUAUUUGACUGGGCUCUUACCAUCGUCGUCGGCUUGGGCUUGGUCCUGGUGGUAUUCGUGUACACGUUUGCCACUGGCGCUGUCUCCACGAAGAUGGCCGAUUUACAAAAUAUUGACAUCCAGUCUGCGUCCGUGGCCACUGACGCUCUCACAUCGAUGAAGAUGUUAGCAGCCUGUGGGGCAGAAUCAAAAAUGGUGGAUAGGUACUCCGAGGUCGUCGAUAAAACUCGACGGAUCGGUGCUCAGAUGGCAUGUCUGCUGGGUGUGCAGCAUGGACUGAUUAAUCUGAUCAUCAACGUCACAUUUGCCUUGGCUUUUUGGGUGGCUCUUCAAAUGUAUCAGUACCAACUUCUAGGCUCGAGCGGCCCUCAAUCAGUGAUAGUGGUCCUUCUCUGCGUGAUGACCAUCGCCUCCUCAGUGGGUCAGAUUACUGGUCCUUUGACCGCGGCCUCUCAAGCAGCAGAGGCAUGCGCGAUUUUCCACACCAUCAUCGACACUCCAAAGACCACAUACGGUACAGAUGUGAUUGGGGAUGCCGGUGCUGAGGACCUUGUCCUACACAACGUCCAUUUUACUUACGCCUCCCGACCCGAUGUGAAGAUCUUGGACGACUUAUGCCUUCGCUUUCCCGCGGGAAAAGUCACUGCUAUUGUCGGACCGUCCGGCUCUGGAAAGAGCACUAUCGUGGGAAUUCUACAAAGAUGGUACGAAUUCAAUGGUGAUCCCGUGUCCAAUCCUAUGGUCUUACGGUUCCGGCACGGAAUCGUUGCUGUCGGCCAGCGGCUACUAUCCGAGCUUGAUGUCAAGUGGUGGCGAAACCAGAUUGGCCUUGUCCAACAAGACAACAUCUUGUUCAACACAACGAUUUACAAGAAUGUUGAGUACGGCCUGAUUGGAACUCAGUGGGAAGACUCAAGUGAUCACAAGAAGGCCAUGAUGAUCCGGUCUGCCUGCCAAGAUGCUUUCGCAGACGAGUUCAUCUCACGGCUUCCAGACGGUUAUGAUACCAUGGUUGGGCAGUCCGGCCUCAAAUUGAGCGGCGGCCAGCGCCAGCGAAUUGCGAUUGCGCGCGCCAUCGUUAAACAGCCCAAGAUCCUGAUUCUCGACGAGGCAACAUCCGCAAUCGACGUCCACAGUGAGCAGAUAGUGCAAGCAGCGCUGGAUCGCGCAAGUAAAGGCCGCACCACAAUAGUGAUAGCACACCGUCUGGGAACCAUCCAGAAAGCUGACAACAUUGUUGUCCUGCGCGGUGGCCGCGUCAUACAACAGGGUACCCAUCAAGACCUCAUGAGUGAGACUGGUGGGCCAUAUCAUGUUCUUGCUACGACUCAGUCCGUCAACAUGGGGGACGCUCUGCCAGAUGAGAACAUUUUGACAGAAGCUGAGGUUCGUAUUUCAACAUCUGAAGAGCAGCUGGAUGAUGUUGCCGAUGCGACCUAUUUCGAGGAGAAACGAUCUGAACGAAGACCUGGGUUCAAACACGAGCUGGAGAGCGACUCCGGAGACGACGCUGGCUCGGAGGGCACUCUUCUUGGUGAUGCUGACAUUGAAGAGGGUUCACGCCCAAUCGUGAUGAAGAGGCCCGAGGAAAAUCGCCUUGGGAGCGUCGGCACUUUGCUGUAUGAACAGCGAUCCAGAUGGAUACCGUACACGCUGGUUGCAACCGCAGCAGUGGGCGCAGGCUCAAGUACACCAUUCCAGGCAUUCAUCUUCGCCAAGUUGAUAUCCUUGUUUUCAUUGUGGGGGCACAGCCUGUCCGCGCUCACCAACUACUGGUGUCUCAUUUUCGUCUACCUUGGUGUUGCUGCCGGUGUGAGCCACCUUGUACUUGUCUGGUCAACCGCUUCUGUUGGGUUUGCAAUUACUCGUGCGUAUCGUAAGGAAUACUUUGGCAAUGUCCUUAGCAAGCCAAUGUCGUUCUUUGAUGACAGCCAAGAGAAUUCAAUAGGGGCCCUGGUCGGCCGUCUCGCCGCAGACCCCUUCCAACUCCAACAACUCCUGGGUGCGAACACGGCAGCCAUGCUCGUCUCAUUCAUAAACGUGCUAGGCUGCGUAGCCAUAUCCCUGGCCUUCGGGUGGAAACUGGCACUUGCAGCUUUCGGCACCUCCAUGCCCGUCAUCAUCUUCGCCACUGUCUACCGAAUCCGCCACGAGCGGAAACUGGAUGCGAUGGGAGCCGUCGUGUUCGCAGAGAGUGCUGCGUUCGCAGCUGAGAGCAUAGCCGCCAUGCGCACCGUCUCCAGUUUGACUAUGGAGGCGAGUGUGUGCGAGCGCUAUGAUAAAGUCCUCCGGAAGCAUGUUAAAGAUGCCUUCCGUGAAGGUGUCCUGUCAACAUGGCUGUUCUCGUUCAGCGACAGUAUUGCGUUACUUUGUAUGGCCUUUGUGCUUUGGCUGGGGACACGCCUCUUGGCAUCACAUGAGUAUACCCCGUUCCAAUACAUUCUCGUUUAUAAUGCCGUCGUGCAAGGCGCUUUAUCGACAGGGGCGUGGCUGAGCUUUGGACCAAACAUUGCCGCAGCGACAGCCGCGGCCGACCGUGUACUAGCAGCCCGUGAAGACCAUGACGAUGACGAGUUCUCAACAUUCGACGGCACCAGCGGCAAUGACGAAUUCAACGAUGAGUCAGAGAAAGGCAUCGCAUUUGACUUCAGAAAUGUGUGGUUCAGCUACCCAACAAGGCCAGACGUCCCGGUUCUCAAGGGCCUGGACCUUCAGGUCAGGAAUGGACAGGUAGCGGCGAUCGUGGGGUCUUCCGGUUCAGGUAAAACCACGGUCAUCUCGCUCAUUGAGCGGUUCUAUAGGGCCCAGUCUGGAGAUGUGCGAUACGACGGAAGGUCUAUUGACAACCUAGACCUGGCAUCCUACCGCUCGAACCUGUCACUAGUAGCUCAGGAGCCCUGUCUAUUCAGUGGCUCUGUUCGCCAGAACAUCAUGUUCGGUGUCAGUCGACACGAGGACGAGAUGGACGACGACGAGCGCGUGCACAUGGCGGCGCGCGCUGCCGGCAUACACGAUUUCGUGGUAUCUCUGCCCGAGGGCUACGAGACUGACAUAGGCACGGCGGGCGUCGCAUUGUCAGGUGGCCAGAAACAGCGCAUCUCCAUCGCACGUGCUCUCAUCCGCAACCCCAGCGUUCUGCUUCUAGAUGAGGCAACCAGUAGCCUGGACAGCGAGACAGAGCGGAAGAUUCAGGAGGUAUUUGAUGCUGAGAGGGGCAAGAGGACUGUUCUCAUGAUUGCGCAUCGGCUGGCGACUGUCCAAAAUGCCGAUGUCAUUUUCGUGAUGAACGAUGGCGUGGUGGCGGAGAAGGGAAACCACGCAACCCUGCUGGGCAAACGUGGCCUAUACUAUCAGAUGUGCCAAUCUCAGGCUUUAGACAAGUAG